GAUAGCUUAGCUGAGAGUAGGUAAAGCACAAAGGAGAAGUUAUUAUCAAAAAGUAUCAUGCCAGUGAUGGAGUUUUCUGAAUCUUUAUUAGAAAUAAUGGAAUUUUACAUUAUGCAACAAUGCGUUAUGUAGUAAGGGCACCGUUCCCACCAAUUUAUCAAGAUUCUCACGAGAAUGGAAAAAAGUUUGAAAUAAUAUCAAAAUCGCAAUUUAAAAAGGCACAAAGUAUUUGGGCAAGAAAAGAAUAUAAGAAUGAAGACAAGCGAAAGAAGUUAUUAGAGGAUGAAGAAAAAAGAUUGAAAAACUUGGAAGAAGCUAAAACAAUUGUAAUUCAAGAAGAUAGUACUCUGUCAUCUGCAAUUUAUGUAAAGAUUCGAGACAGUAUCAAUCAUCGGGACAGACGAGUAAAACUUUCCGGACAUAGGCUUAGACGGCAAGGUAUAAUAUAUAUUUUUAAGCAGCGCCGGGCACGGAUAGUACAUGGAUGGGUGAUCGCCUGGGAACUUUGUGUGGCGUUGGCGAAGCGCGCUGGGUCCGUCGCGCCCUCCGGUAGGCAUGGGCGGCUCCGGUGUCCGAAUCCUGAUUUUAAAAUACCAUAUAAACCAUUCAAAAGGAUGGAUUACAAGGAUGCGAUCGAGUAUCUUCGAAUUAACAAUAUAACUAAAGAUGAUGGAACAUUCUAUGAGUUUGGCGAAGAUAUUCCAGAAAUGUCAGAUAGAAAAAUGACCGAUGCAAUAAAUGAACCGAUAAUGUUGUGUAGAUUUUCUGCAGAAAUCGAGUCAUUUUAUAUGCAACGUUGCGCCGAUGACAAACGUUUUACAGAAUCGGUGAAUGUACUAUUACCGUAUAUUGGUGAGAUAGUUGGAGCUUCGAUGCGUAUUUCGGACUAUGAUGAACCGUUGGAAGGCUAUUCUCUUGCGAACAUAGACACAAAACUAUAUUAUUGGUAUACCGGUCAGCGAAAAUACGGAACUUGCCCCGAUGGCGGAUUUGGAUUAGGUCUUGAAAGAUUUUUAUGUUGGCUUUUAAAUAGAUUUCACGUACGCGAUGCAUGUCUUUAUCCAUGUUUCUUGGAACGUUGUCGACCUUAGAUUUCACGAGCAUAAUUAUACUCAUAUGUAUGUGUAUCGAGAUGAACGAAUUCACAAUUAUUAGUAGGUAAAUUAUUGAGAGCUUCCAAAAAUUUAAUCACGACGGAAUUAUUGAAAAAUGAAAAGUCUCGGUAGUCAGAAGUAAACCAAGAUCCAAGCAUUUGUUUGUUAUUUUAUUUACCAAUUUGUGAUUUUAUGUUUGAACACUUUAUCGCAUUGAAUGUCUAUGCGUAUAAUGGAAAAGUUUCUCGAUGGACAAUCACGUAUGUGAAACUUUUACCUUCAUGAGUGAAAUCAAAUACGUUACGAUAAAUACGUUAAAGAGUCAGGAACAUGAGAAGGAAAUACAUGUUUUUGAUGAAAUUAUAUUUCACAAAUACUUUCGUUUCGACAACGCGUAACUUAUAAUACAUACGCAUAGGAUAGUUAUAAAUAGGUUUUUGACAUUCUUCUUUCACUUUUUCUUUUUCUUUCUUUCUUUACUUAGUCCCGUUAGAUUUUUCGAUUCUCUUCUUUCUUAAAUACUUCAUAUCGUAUAUACAAAUCAUACGACGAAUAUUAACUGUUCUAUUUCGCAUGUAUUUUCAUUAUGUCAAUUUACAUACUUAUAGAAUAAUACGUAAUUUAAUAUUUUUGUUAAAUAUUUUUUUUACACGAGAGAAACUUUCAAAAAUGUAUUUCGCCACAGAGUAGGAAAGUACGGAAACGAUUGUGUGUUAUGACAGAACUCAGAACAUUAAUCACACAAUACCAAGUUGCGAAUGUAGAAACAACAUAAUACAUGUACGUUUGAUACUUAUUAUGAACAAUUUAAUUAGGUUCACUUUUGCUUGAUUUUUCUAAUAUUUUAUGCGCUUUUAUACGAUGGUAUAGAGAUAUAGUAUGUUCUAUACAGAAACGACAAUUAGUGCGAUAUUCAAAUGGCUGGAAAAUGGAGAAAACAAAAUGAAACAUCAUUUGGAUAUGCGCAAACGUGUUUGUUGGAGUUCGUGAGUAAUGAAAUAACGUAUUGCAAACAAAAAUACUUCGUUCUACCUCCAAUAAGCAAGCGACAGAGGAUAUAGCGAGAUUUUAGUUGUAAAUAAAUUGGAAUAUCAACGAAAA